AUGAACAACUCAACAAAAUGCAGUCCCUUGAUCGACUGGAUGGAUGUCGACUGGGCGAUGAUCUCGAUGCUUUCCAACUCGACGUCAUCGAAAUGGAAGGCUCAGUAUCUCUUCAGUGGCCUCUUCUCUGGCUUUCUCUUUCUCCUCGCUCUGGUCGCUCUCUUUCAGAGCAAAUCGACGUUUGUGAGAAACAUGAAUCGGUCUCACACACGAUCAGUCGUGUGCUACUUCUACACACUGCAGGUUCUCAUUGCUGUGAUGGGUUUGAGUCGCUUUCUGGUGCACACCGUGAAUUAUGCAACUGAUGGGCGGCUCCUCGACAAGGCUGUAGAGGCCGUGUUGUCUGGCUUCAGUCAUCCGUGUAUUACAUCAGGUUCAUGUCUUCUCUUUAUUGUUCUACUUCAGUCUGUGAUGCGAUUGCGACAGCUCAGGUGGAUGACAAAGUCGUGUCUCUGUCUGAAGGCGAUAUUUGGGAUUUGCUUGGUGCACUUCGCUGUGAGCAUCACCGGGCACUUGCUGGUCAAGUAUAAUAUCGAGAAGAGUCUCAACAUGCAAUUGUGUUAUUCUUUUUUUGUUGCUUGGGCUGGCUUCCUGUUUCUUGGCUUUCCGAUCGUUGGCUGUUACUUGAGGCGAGGAGCUCAAGGUUUGCAUCGUAGCAGCAUUUCUGAGGCACUCCCGGGUGCAACGUUGACAAUGGAAAGACAGACAAUAGACACUAAGUAUGACAUCCAGUAUCGCCGACUUGUCAUUCUCACUUCUAUCUCGUCAGCGACCGGAUUUGUUCUCUGCGUUCUCUACACGUUUGCUCUCGUUCAGACGGUGAUAUGUGACAUUGGGUCGGACAUAAGUUGGUGGUGCUUCUCGCUCGUGACGAGACUCGUUGAGUUCACGCUCGCCACGCUGCUUCUCUUCUCGACUGUGAAACUUGGCAAGGAGGGCAUGCAGCUGUACUGCUGCUACACCAUGAGAUCCACAGUGAAUCAGCCACACAACGCACUCGAUCGGAAAUGCAUCAACGAGUACAGACAUUGUAAAGUACAGGAGAUCAAAGAGAUGGACAGCACACCAGAGAUGGACAACACACCAGACAAGGUGUCAUCGUCUGACUCGGGUGUGUUCACUCCAUUUAUUCCUUCCUCUUUGGAUGAGGUCAUAUGUAAUGAUGGUAAAUUGACUGCUGACUCCUUGUCUUCAAGCCAACCAGCUGCACCAUGCAAAGAGGCAGGCAACAUCAGAGAAGUCCAGGAAUAGGCAUUCGUUGCCUGCUGUUUUAAUCGACUAAUAGAGUUAAUGUUGUAGAUAUUUAUAGAUGGAUUACUAGUGAUGUUGAUAUUAAUAUACAAUUAUUAUCCAAAAUAUUUGUGCAGU